GCAUCACUCCAUCAGGUUGCCAAGAAACAAGAACAAAAUGGCGGCAUAGUAAGUAAGACAGCCUCAUUUCCAUUCCAUGAGACGCAAAAAAUAAUGACAGACAAAACUGAAGAAACAGUGGAAGGUACACCCCUUAUCGAGAAGGAUCCCGUCCUUGUUGACAUCAAUAAGAAAAUAGUAGAAGCAUUUGAUAUUUUUGAUCAUGAGAGCAACAAGACAGCCGAUGUGAGAGAAGUUGGCACAAUCAUACGAUCUCUGGGUUGUUACCCUUCAGAAGCUGAGCUCCAGGAUAUGAUUCAAGAGGUUGAGGAAGAAGAACCCACUGGCUUCAUACGUCUUGACAAAUUUCAGCCAAUGAUGGCCAGAGUAAUGCUAGAAAAAAGGUAUCAACCUUCUUCAGAAGAAAUUAUACUAAAAGCGUUUGAGGUCUUAGACCAAGAUCGAAAGUCAUAUCUAACUGAAGUAGAGCUAAAGAAGUUCAUGACUGAAGAAGGCGAAGCCUUUACGCCUGAAGAGUUGGAAGAGUUUCUCACAGCUGCUGUAGACCAGGAGAAAGGUGUGGUGCAGUACAGGGAAUUUGUAACAACAAUGUUACCUGAUUCAGAACAAAAUUGAAGUAUUUUCAUUCAUUUGUUUAUAUGUUCACGCAAUUUUCUCAUUAUUUUAUGACUUUUCAUUUGUAUAUUAAUUUUACACUGUCGGGUGUACAUGACUUUUACAUGUACACAGUGAAGUAAGGUACAUUAUGUGACAUUUUAUGUGGAACAAUUAUUUGUACAACAUAAUGAGAAAUGUUGGUUGUGUAUGUAAAGAUCUACAAAGUA